ACCCUCACUGCGUUACCGCCAAUCGCUCCCUCACCACCUCUGCUCCCUGCAGUCAUUCCUUCUUUUUUCCUCUAGUCUCUGGUACAAAAUAGAGCCACCCACAACGGUUGUGCUGCGCAUCGCGACCCUGCAAAAUGAACAACGCAACCUCAAUCCUGUCGCCCAUGGCGCAGGACACGUACUGGGGCUCCUUUGAAGAGAUUUCCAAGUACAAUGUCCAGCUCAACUACCUCGAGAGGAUGUGGAUGACCUGGUAUGCGUGGAUGGGCAACGAUAUCCUGGCCACGGGCAUCAUGUCUUUUACCAUUCACGAGGUUUUCUACUUCGGCCGCUCGCUUCCCUGGAUCAUCAUUGACUGCAUACCCUACUUCAACCGCUUUAAGAUCCAACAGAACAAAAUUCCUACUGCUUGGGAACAGACACAAUGCGCCCUCCUCGUCCUCCUCUCCCACUUCACUGUCGAACUCCCUCAGAUCUGGCUGUUCCACCCCAUGUGCCAGUACUUUGGCCUCCAGACCUCUGUUCCUUUCCCCAGCAUCUACAAGAUGGCAUACCAGAUUGCCAUCUUCUUCGUUUUCGAGGACGCAUGGCACUACUGGGCCCACCGCCUCAUGCACGCCAGCUCAUUCCUGUACAAGAACAUCCACAAGAUUCACCACCAAUACUCUGCCCCCUUCGGUCUCGCCGCAGAGUACGCCUCGCCCAUUGAGGUCAUGGUUCUGGGUUUCGGCAGUGUCGGUGUUCCCAUUGUGUGGUGCGCCAUCACCAAGGACCUUCAUAUCCUGACCAUGUAUUGCUGGAUUGUGCUACGUCUAUUCCAAGCCAUUGAUGCCCACAGCGGCUACGAGUUCCCCUGGAGUCUGCACCAUAUCCUGCCUUUCUGGGCAGGUGCUGAGCACCACGACGUUCACCACGAAAAGUUCAUUGGCAACUACGCUAGCAGCUUCAGGUGGUGGGACUUUGUCCUUGAUACCGAGGCUGGUGCUGAGGCCUCCAAGAAGCGCAGAGAGCGCAAGAUGGCCAAGCUCAGGAAGGCCCAGUAAAAGAGCAAUGAACAAUUGUAAUGCGUAUGGAGAGACGUCGGUCCUGGCUGACUUUUCUGUCCGCCAGUCUCGAUGUCGAGCUGGCACGAAAAUGGCGUUUUUUGGUACAGGGAAAACGCAGUUAUGCAUUUGAUGGUGGCAUUAGACAGCACAGACCCUGGAUAAUAGUAUGAGUGUUGGCUGUACAUAGGAGCCGGGUCUUUAUACAACAUCUAUAUAAUAAUUAUUACGGUCGUUAUGUUUACACAUGAAUUUCGU